CGGGGGCCAGCGCCGGGAGCCGCGGGUCUCCCGUGGCGAGACAAACCUCGAGGGGAUUCUGGGCACUGCGGGGGCGGCCCUGAGGGCAUUUGGGAACCGUCCCCCCUCAGACACACUGGGUGGGGAGACUGGGAACAGCCCUGAGGCUCCAUCCGUUUCCCAUCUCUCCAGGAUGAGAGAGGCUUGGGUCCGGCUCUCCCCCUCUCCCUGUAGUUGAUAGUUUGGGAAGCAGAGGUGAUGCUGGAGUCGAGAUGGCCGACAGCGUGAGAAUCUUCCUUCAUGACCUCGUCAGGGGAAUUAAGGACUCCAUCUGGGGCAUCUGCACCAUCUCCAAGCUGGAUGCCCGGAUCCAGCAGAAAAGGGAAGAGCAGAGGCGGAGGAGAGCCAACAGCGCGCUCGCCCAGCGGAGGUUUCACAUGGAAGAGAAGAAGCAAGAGAAUGAACCCCGGAUAGUGAGCCGGAUAUUUCAGUGUUGUGCCUGGAAUGGAGGUGUCUUCUGGCUUAGUCUCUUCUUGUUCUACCGAGUGUUCAUCCCCGUCCUUCAGUCGGUCACGGCGCAGAUCAUCGGUGACCCUUCCUUACAUGGUGAUGUCUGGUCCUGGCUGGAGUUCAUCCUCACCUCCAUUUUCAGCGCUCUCUGGGUCCUGCCCCUCUUUGUGCUCAGUAAGGUGGUCAAUGCCAUCUGGUUUCAGGACAUCGCGGAUCUGGCGUUUGAAGUGUCGGGCAGGAAGCCUCACCCCUUCCCCAGCGUCAGCAAAAUCAUCGCUGACAUGUUGUUCAACCUCCUCUUGCAGGCACUUUUCCUCAUCCAGGGAAUGAUCGUGAGCCUGUUCCCCAUCGACCUCAUUGGGCAGCUGAUCAGCCUCCUCCACAUGUCGCUGCUCUACUCGCUCUACUGCUUCGAGUACCGCUGGUUUAACAAAGGAAUCGAAAUGCACCAACGGUUGUCCAACAUUGAGAGGAACUGGCCCUACUACUUUGGCUUUGGCUUACCACUGGCAUUUCUCACGGCCAUGCAAUCCUCCUACAUCAUCAGCGGUUGCCUCUUUUCCAUCCUUUUCCCCCUCUUCAUCAUCAGCGCCAAUGAAGCCAGGACCCCCGGCAAAACCUACCACUUCCAGCUCCGCCUCUUCUCCUUGGUGGUUUUCCUCAGCAACAGACUCUUUCACAAGACCGUUUACCUUCAGUCCGCUCUGGGCGGUGCUUCCUCCUCCCCCUCCUCCUCCUCUUCCUCCUCCUCCUCUUCGCCCUCUCCUGCCAAACACGCGGCUGCUCCGGGGCACUGAGCUGCCCCCAGACCCCGGGGCGGGGGGACACCCACGGGCUUCUCUGCGCCCCCGAUGUCCAGGGACGGCCAGGACCCAGCCUGACGAGGUGUCACUGUCAGUUCUGCGUCUACCCCUGGAAGUUUUUUGGGGGGAA